GGUGUCUCUUAAAAGGGUCUACAUGCAUGGUCAUCUGGAAGGCAACACCAGGGCAGAUCGAAGACCAGAUGAGGAAGUCAUGCACCUACUCUGAUGGGUCUCUGAAUUCUUCAACAUUACUCGCUGAAGGGACAACAGAAAUUUGGAACUCAAAGUGGCCGCCAGGUGUCCCUCUUCUCCCACAACCUAAAAGUCUGGGCUUCUCAAAGGUUGUGGCACGUGCUCGGCGCAAAGGAAGAGUGUGAAUGGCACGCGGACAGAUGUGCCCCCACCCUCUCCUGCCCUUCCACAAUGAUUGACACAUAGCUGCCGCCUCAGCCAAUCGGAGAGUGCGAUUCAUAAUUUGCAUAAAGAGGUAACUCGUGAUUGGCUGAGAGCGUGCCGCUGCUCUAAACCGCCUCGUGCCGUUACAGAUGUGGCCGAUGCUCUUCAUUUAUCGUUAGGAAAAAAAAAGAUAAAUGAAGCGAUAUAUAUAUAUAUAUUUUUCACCUUUUUUAAAUAUAUACUGUAUACACUCACACACAACACACUCUUUGUGUUGGAUACAUUCAGACCCAAUAAUAGUCCCAAGUCUAUAAACGUUCGAUGCUGUCAGUUUGAAUAAACUUAAAGAAGACAAUUUAAGUGGUUUCAUAUCCAUUGCAGCGACAUACCGCCAUUUAAUCUAAUAUUUACCUUUUUUUUUUGUCACCAACACAAAAUAUCUCUGGACACAUAUGUUUAUUAAUUAUUAUUUGUAUUAUAAAUACAAAUAUUAUGUGGAAACCUGGUCAUGUUGUAGUAUAGUAUAGUAUAUAAGUAAUCUUCUGUGUGUAAACAAAACGCAUGAUCUUGUUUCACUCUUGAAGUUAUUAUUUACUUUUGAAUUUUAUCUUAUUGAAAUGUCUUUUGUCACGAUUUUCGUCGAUGAGGGAAUUGACCAGAAGUUUUAAUACGCUGGUCUCUUGUCCUCAAAUGCUGUGGCGAUGGGUUUUCCGAGUUGGUCAGAGGAGGAAUUGUUCUAGUAGGAAUACCUGCAAACUAGUGGGAGACUCGAAAGAGUUUCAGUUGGGAUGAAAAGUCAUUCAAAACUAGUUGAAAAAUGUGCUCUUAAAUGCCCCUGUCCAAAAAAGGGCUCAUUUUUUAUGUUAGUUUUUAUUGGCAGAAUCUUGAAUCUUGUUAUUAAUUUAGUGUGACGGAAUCUGUCAGCACUCACACACCACCAGAAGCGGAGUUGGAGCGCAGUCCCGGUCUCCGUCACUGACAGUCGGGCCGCCGCCGCCGCUCGCUCCGCUUUGUUGUCGGUCCCUGCAGGGCUGAUUGAGCAGCGCGUGACUGACGGCUCGCAGGGGUGUUGACCAAUGAGCGGCCGGCCUCGCGCCCGGCGGCUGAUGACGCGCGCUGAUUGGUUGAGGCGAGUGUGGGAAAGAAUGCAGAGAGGGUUUCACACGAACUGGGAGCACGCGAGCCGGAUAUAAAUAGGUGCGUGGCGCGUGUCGCCACCAGAACCCGAGAGGAGUCGUGGAUCCGCACACGCCGACUGAUCCGUGGACUAGAGAGACGCACCCGUGGAUUUACUCUUCCGUUUUUUGAUCCAUCAUGCCUGCUGACACGAUGGAGAAGCAGACCGCAUCUCCUCUGGCUGGAGCUCCCGCAAACGGAUCCCACACACCGGACAAACCCAAGAAUGCCAGCGAGCACAGAAAAUCAUCCAAACCCAUCAUGGAGAAACGGCGCCGAGCCAGAAUCAACGAAAGUCUCGGUCAGCUCAAGACUCUCAUCCUGGACGCACUGAAGAAAGAUAGCUCCAGACACUCCAAACUGGAAAAGGCAGAUAUCCUGGAGAUGACAGUGAAGCACUUGAGGAACCUGCAGCGGGUCCAGAUGAGCGCUGCGCUCUCGCCCGAUGCUUCCGUGCUCAGCAAGUACCGAGCCGGAUUCAACGAGUGCAUGAACGAAGUGACUCGAUUUCUGUCCACCUCCGAGGGGGUGAACACGGAGGUCCGCUCCAGGCUCCUCGGCCACUUGUCCAGCUGCAUGGGCCAGAUGAUGUACCCGCAGCAGGCCCCGUCUCAGCCGGCGCACCUCGCACAGCCACUCCAUGUGCAGCUUCCCUCCACGCUGCCACUCAGCGGAAGCGGCAUGGGAUCCAAGAUCAGCCCGGCUGACUCCGUGUCCCCGAAGGUGUUCGGGGGCUUCCAGCUGGUGCCUGCUACGGAUGGACAGUUCGCAUUUUUGAUCCCUAACCCAGCCUUCGCCUCCGCAACCAUCCCGCUUUACGCAAACACUGGAGUCCCCGUUGCAGUGAGCUCCAGUCCCACUCACGGCGGAUCGGCACCCACGGUGUCGUCUCCGGUCCACGGCAUGACCUCCUUCUCAGGCGGAUCCCAGGUGGCCAGUCCGGUCGCUGUGAGCCCUGGCCCGGAAAGCAGCGAGCCAGUGUGGCGACCCUGGUAGCGAGAGACUUGAACUCAGAAAUCUACUUCAUAGUUUCGUUUUAUGGAACUGGUGCCUUAAAAAUGUUUUCUUUUUCUAUGAAUCAUCUAUGUCCAAAAUUUGGAUGUGGGUGACGAAGACACUUGCAGAUGAAGAUUUGUUUUUGCUGAAGUACUUUUUAUGAAAAGUUUUAGUUUUGUACAGAGUCAUUGUUAUACCAAAGCUGUGUUUUAUAUUCUAUAUUGUGAUGAAGAAAAUGUUUUAAUAAAAGUCAACCGUUAAA